CUUCUAAAUGUUGCCACUAGCUUAUUCUAGCGACAUCUGAAGCGCUCCUGAAUUUUUCCGGUUUCAGAAUUUGAAAAUUUCAUCUUUCUAAAAAACGACACUCGGCGUAUUAUAUUUAAAAAAACAAUCCCUCCGAUUGUCUUUUCUUUCUUCUCCGAAAAAGUAUCUUGCUGUUCUCCAGAAUGUCCAACAGAUAUCGGGAAAACGGACUGUAUUCCUCUUUUUGUUUGACGCGCGCUGUCAUGCUCCUAGGUUACAUCUCCCUUUUACUGCUCUUCUGCGGGACUUUCGGUUCUGCAAGUUCAUCUAAGGAAAGAGGAGAAGGCAUUUCCUGUAGGCAACGUUACAAAAUUCUAGGUACUGAACUCCAGAUGGGUGACAUAAACACCGAAGGGUAUGAUGACAUGCCUCCUCAUACAGCUUCUGUCUACCGAACGGAUGGGGAGCCAAUUCUGUACAAGAAAAUUCAGCAAGGAUUACACAAACGCACAAGGAAAUCCACCGGUGACUCCGGCCACCAUAACAUGAUGGGCUACGAUUCCAAUGAGGGAGACAUCCUAAAAUCCAUCAUUUUGCAUUUAAUUAAGUAUCCAAGGAGGCUGAAUAGAGCUGAAGCUAAAUCAGAGAAUUACAACCUGCGUGCGAAUUAUAUUCCUCGUCUUGGACGGAAAAGGAGUUAUCCAGGAAGAAAAUGAAAAAUUGCAAAAUUUUGUGAAAUUUCCUUUUGUGUGGUUUUGAAAUUAUUCCGAAUAAGAUGUAAAGAAUUUCCAACUGAUAUUUUUUUUGUAGAAAAAUUAGUCUUAGAGCAGUUUUGAACUUUAAAUUUCUUAUUUAUUUUAUAAUUAUUUUUUGGAACGCCUGUGUAUGUUUCAACUGCUUAUUCAUUUAUGCUCUUGGAUGGAUAUAUAUAGAAUAUUACUUGAACCAGACAUUUGCAUCUGCUUAAUCUGUGGUUUAAAAGCUGCUGUCG